GAAGCCUGAGCUCAUCGGCAGGUGGUCUAAUUUCUAAUUUCUAAUUGAGCUGACCACGCAAGCCUAAUUACAUAAUUGGGCAAUCGCAGCGAUUGAGCCAUCACCAAAAUGCUACUUAAGUGGGGAGAACCCAAAAUUAAGGCCGAGACUUCAAGGAACCAUGCCAGAGGUCAAAGUGGACAGUCUGGAGUUCUUCAAGAGCCACUGGACCGCCUGGCGAUACCUGGGCGUGGCUCAGCUGCGGGUCGAGAACUGGAGAAACCUAUACGUGAUGUACAGCAUCCUGUCGAAUCUGCUCGUGACCCUGUGCUACCCCGUGCACCUGGGCAUGUCGCUCUUUCGCAAUCGCACCCUCACCGAGGACAUCCUCAACCUGACCACCUUCGCCACCUGCACAGCCUGCUCGGUGAAGUGCCUGCUCUACGCCUACAACAUCCGCGAAGUGCUCGAGAUGGAGCGGCUGCUGAGGCUCUUGGAUGAGCGUGUCGCCGGUCCGGUGCAGCGUGGCAUCUACGGCCAGGUGAGGGUGCAGCUGCGGAAUGUGCUGUACAUCUUCAUCGGCAUCUACAUGCCGUGCGCCCUGUUCGCCGAGCUGUCCUUCCUGUUCAAGGAGGAGCGCGGUCUGAUGUACCCCGCCUGGUUUCCCUUCGACUGGCUACAGUCCACCAGGAACUAUUACAUUGCGAACGCCUACCAAAUAGUGGGCAUCUCGUUCCAGCUGCUCCAGAACUAUGUGAGCGACUGCUUUCCGGCGGUGGUGCUGUGCCUGAUCUCAGCCCACAUCAAGAUGCUGUACCAGAGAUUCGAGCAGGUGGGGCGGGAUCCAGCCAGGUGUGCGGAGAGGGACCUGGAGGCCUGCAUCACCGAUCACAAGCAUCUUCUAGAGCUUUUCCGCCGUGUGGAGGCCUUCAUUUCGCUGCCCAUGCUGAUUCAGUUCACAGUGACCGCCCUGAAUGUGUGCAUCGGCAUAGCCGCCUUGGUGUUCUUCGUCAGCGAGCCCAUGUCGCGGAUGUACUUCAUCUUCUACUCCCUGGCCAUGCCGCUGCAGAUCUUCCCCUCCUGCUACUUCGGCACCGACAACGAGUACUGGUUCGGGCGGCUCCACUACGCGGCCUUCAGUUGCCAUUGGCACUCGCAGAACAGGAGCUUCAAGCGCAAAAUGAUGCUGUUCGUGGAGCAAUCGCUGAAGAAGAGCACCGCGGUGGCCGGCGGAAUGAUGAGAGUCCACCUGGACACGUUCUUCUCCACCCUCAAGGGGGCCUACUCACUGUUCACCAUCAUUAUUCGCAUGAGAAAGUAA